GUUCGCGCUAUUUUAAAUUGUGGCGGCGCUCGUUUCCAACCGCUGACUGUGUUAACACUUGCCGUUAUAAUCACAGCGAUGCCAUCUUAUGUUUCUUUGGUGAUAACAUCCACUGCUUUCGGGCUUAAAAGUGAAAAGAAAUAUCCGUUAGAUCUUACAUUAGGUAAAUUCAAGGAAAAGUUAGUAUUAAUGACUGGAUGUGAGCCCAGUACAAUGAAACUAGAGCUUUUGGAUGAUUCUGAACGGCACGUUGCAUUCUUGGCGGAUGAUUUCAAAACCUUGGAGGAGCUUGGUGUCAAGGAUGACACGGUGCUGGCGUGGAAGAAGCGAAACAAAAUCGGAAAAUUCAAAGAGCUUGAUCCGGAGGAGGCCAAAAAAGCCGAAGAGAAAAGGCUCGCUGCAGAAGCCAAAGAAAAGGCACUGAUUGAGAAAAUGAAAAUCGGGGACAGGUGCGGCUUAUAUGUACGCUUUUUUCGUCAGUUUCGCGAACCCAUUACUACCCAGAUCUCUGCGUACUUGUCGCUUUGA